AUGGGUAAUUCCUCAAGCAAAUCUACGGUCAAGCCGCAGUAUAAACCAGAUGUUCCUCCUGCCUUUCGCUUCAGCAGAGAAAGACACAUGGUGUUAUCGGCUAAUGGUAAUGAACUCCAGUGCUUUCCCACGGAGCGUUCAUUAGAGGUGUGUAAAAGUGCGCUACUGUCAGGCUCUCGCCUUACUUUAUCCCCAGGCGCACUGGGUGUACCGCUCCUUGGCCUUGAAAGACGCGGUUCGCUGCCGCAAGGAGACGGUUACGAUAUGCCAUAUUGCAGUAUAUACAAAUGCGUGCUUCAAAGCUCGACAGAACCUCCUUCACACAAAAACUCCGAGAUUUUACUACGAGACGACGCCCAAAUCGUGUACAAGGUGCCAUUUUGCGAGGUGACUAAGAGAACGUGGUCCGAAGGGCGGCGAGCGACUUACAAGAUGAAGGUAUCAACUAUAGACGGCAUACAGAUCAUAGAGAUGGCGCAGCACCGUUGGGGAUAUGAUCUAGAUACCAAACUUGGAUCAUGGAACGUCCAAUGGCACGAUAAAGGGUUUGAGACAGUAAAUCUAAUAACCAUACCCGAAGGGAUGCCAAGUUUUCUUGAUGAUGAUGAAACGAGGAUACGAAAGUGCAAGAAGAAAACGAAGGCUCCUGCCUCAGAGAAGUACAUGUGUGCGAAACUGGUAUCAACAGGAAAGACAUAUUCACCAACAGUGUUUGCUACACUUGCACACUUGUGUGUCGGGGAGAUAGAUAUGGAAGUAGACCCACAUUCGUACGGUCUCGUCAAUGUACCAUGGUAUUCUCAAAUUAUUGCGUGUAUGGGAUUAAUCGUGUGCAACAUCCAAUUGGAACGCAGGAAUGAACUCAACGACGGGCGAGCAGUAACACGACGUGAAGCCCUAUUGAGAGACAUCACUAGGGGGUACAGAGAUCAAGCAACUAGCCCGUGGCUCUAUGCUUAUAAUAUGGGAAAUUGA